GUCUUUUUGUGCGCUCGCCUCCAGCAGUUUCUGGCGCUCUCUUUACUUGAGGGCUCUCUAGUCCGUUCCUCGAAGCCCGCUUUCGCCUCUUUAACCACGGACUUAUUGGUUUAAUUCCACAGCUGCGCCUCCCCACUUCGGUAACAUUCAACCCCGCCACAGGCAGCUCAAUACCCACAACCUUCGAGACAAAAACGCGCCCGCGCCUCGCUUCCGAUAACAUACCACAUACGCAAUGCCUCCAAAGAAGAAGGGAAAUAAGAAGGCCCAGGACGACUGGGAGGCUGACCUCGGCGAGUCCGUCACACCGCAGGAUGCCACCGCAGAACCCCAGGCCGAAGAGCCUGCGCCAGAAGAGGAUGCCCUGGGAGGUGGCCUGAUGGCUGCUAUCCAAAAGCGAGGGAAGAAAAAGAACAAGAAGGGCGCAGACCAGGACUGGGUAGAAGGCGAAGACCCGACCGCUGAUGGCACAAAUGGAGGCCUGGCUGCUAAGGCACCAGAGGAGGCGAAUUUCGACGACGAUGAUGUCUUCGCCGGCAACUUCAACCCCAAGAAGGCGAAGCCCGCGGAGGAGAAGAAGGACGAAUCAAAGGAAGCUAAGACGGAUGAUGGGCCGCGAGUGAAAACGAAGGCUGAGAAGGAGAAGGAGAAGAAGGAGAAAGAAAAGCAGCGGAAAAAGGAGAUGGCCGCGAAGAAGAAAGCCAGCGCUCCCACAAAGACCGAACCUGCGAAGCCCGCCGAGGCGAUACCUACCGAUACCCCCUCGCCCGCUGCUCAGCCCGCCGCUGUUCCCGCUGCUGGCCCCGCUGGUAAGAAGAAGAAGAUACCCGCCGCACUUGCUGCGAUUCAGAAACAACAAGAAGAGCGACGGAGACAAGAAGAGGAACGCGCUCGGCUCGCAGCCGAGGAGAAGGCUAGGAUUGAGGAGGAAGAGCGGCAACUGGCAGAGGAAGAGAAAAAGAAGGCAGAAGCCAAGGCGCUCAAGAAACAGAAGGAAAAGGAGAAGAUUGAGCAGCUGAAGAAGGAGGGCAAGUACCUUACCAAGGCACAAAAGGAAGCCAAGGCCAGGAGUGAAGCUCGACUAAAACAGAUGCUCGAGAGCGGAGCUGCAAAGGUUGAAGCGCUCGAACAGCCUACGGAGAAGAAGAAGCCUGUCUAUGACAACCGGAAGAAGAAGAAGAGCCAGGCUGAGGUCCAGAAAGAAAAGGAGGCCGAAGAGGCGGCGAAGAAGCUCGAAGAACUCAAGGUUGCCGAGGAGCAAGCCGCUGCCGCUGAAGCCGAAGCCCAAAGGGCACAAGAAGAGGCUGAGGCAAAGAAAGCCGAGCUGAGUGAAUCUGGCGAAGACUGGGAAGUUCAGGCUGACGCUAUGGAGGGUGUCAAGGAUAGUUGGGACGUAGAUACGGAUGAAGAGGAGGAGAGGAAGGCGAAGGCGAAGGAAGCCAAAGCUGCCGCUGAAACAAAACCUGCGAAAGCAGCCCCCUCCAGAGGUGCCGAAUCAACUUCAGAAUCCGAAGAAGAUAGCGAGGAGGAAUCUUCGGACGAAGAAGAGGGUACCGCCGCGCAGAAGGCUGAAGCCGCGCGAAAGGCAGCCGCCGCAGAACGGCGAAGGAAACAACACGAAGAGGCUUUAGCGGCACGUUCCAAAGACAACCUCCGGUCUCCCAUUUGCUGUAUUCUCGGUCACGUCGACACCGGUAAAACAAAGCUGCUUGACAAGAUCCGGCAGACUAACGUUCAAGAAGGCGAGGCUGGUGGUAUCACUCAACAGAUUGGUGCUACUUACUUCCCCAAGGAGGCGUUGGUGAAGAAGACAGCUGUAGUCAACAAAGACGACUCUUUCAUCUUCAAUGUUCCCGGCCUGCUCGUUAUUGAUACGCCUGGACACGAGUCUUUCACGAACCUACGUUCCCGCGGUUCCUCGCUAUGUAACAUCGCCAUUCUAGUUAUCGAUAUCAUGCAUGGUCUCGAGCCACAAACAUUAGAGUCAAUGCGGUUACUUCGAGAAAGACGGACGCCUUUUAUUGUCGCGCUCAAUAAAAUCGAUCGUCUGCUCGACUGGAAGAAGAUCGACAACAACGGUUUCGAAGACAGCCUUAGCCUUCAGAAAGACCGGGUGAAGAGAGAAUUCGAGGACCGAUGGAACUUCGUGCACACCCAGCUGCAAGAGCAAGGUUUCAACUCGGAGCUCUUCUAUAAAAACAAGAAUAUGUCACGAUACGUGUCGGUGGUUCCCACAUCUGCACAUACCGGCGAGGGUAUUCCAGACAUGCUCAAGCUCAUCAUCAAGCUCACGCAAGAGCGCAUGACAACGAAUCUGAUGUAUCUCUCCGAAGUCGAGUGCACCGUUCUGGAAGUUAAGGUCAUCGAAGGUCUCGGCACGACUAUCGACGUUGUCCUUUCCAACGGUGUUCUACACGAAGGUGACCGCAUAGUGCUCUGCGGUAAUCCGGAGCCUAUAGCAACAAAUAUUCGAGCCCUUCUCACACCGGCCGAGAUGAAGGAACUCCGUGUCAAGUCUCAGUACGUCCACAACAAAGAGGUCAAAGCUGCCAUGGGUAUCAAGAUUGCUGCCGAUGGUCUUGAUUCCGCAAUCGCUGGUUCGCGACUACUCGUGGUUGGUCCAGAUGACGACGAGGACGAUCUCCUGGAUGAAGUCAUGGGUGACCUGGCCCACCUCCUCAGCAAAGUCUCCAAGACUGGCCGCGGCGUAUCAGUCCAAGCGUCCACCCUUGGUUCCCUCGAAGCCUUGCUAGAGUUCCUGCGCGUGUCUAAGAUCCCUGUUGCCACUAUCUCCAUCGGUCCUGUAUAUAAGAAGGACGUCCUACGUGCCGGUAUCAUGCUAGAAAAAGCUCCCGAAUACGCUGUUAUGCUUUGCUUCGACGUCAAGGUCGACAAGGACGCGCAAGCAUACGCCAACGAGAUCGGAGUCAAGAUUUUCGAAGCCGAUAUCAUCUACCACCUCUUCGACAAGUUCACGUCUCACAUGAAGCAGCUGGAGGAGAAGAAGAAAGAGGACUCGAAAAUGCUGGCCGUGUUCCCGUGCAUCCUCAAUCCGGUCGCCGUUUUCAACAAGAAGGACCCAAUCGUUGUGGGUGUGGACGUCGUUGAAGGCAAUCUCAAGAUGACGACGCCUAUCGCUGCGAUCAAGAAGAAUCCUGUUACGGGUGUCAAGGAAAUCAUCGACCUAGGUAGAGUCACCUCCAUCGAGCGCGAUCACAAGCAAAUCCAGGUCUGCAAAAAGGGUCAGCCCUCUGUCGCCGUCAAGAUCGAAGGCCCUAACCAACCCCUCUACGGCCGCCACCUGGAAGAGAAGGAUACACUGUACUCGCACAUCUCACGAGAGUCUAUCGACACGCUCAAGAAGUACUUUAGGACCGAUGUCUCUCAAGAUGAGUGGAAGUUGAUCGUGCAUCUGAAGAAGGAGUUCGAUAUCCUAUAAGCGAGCGGCAGUGAUCAAAGAGAUGGGCCGAUGUGUAUGAUUCGUAUUUAGUGGGCUAGCUAGGUAUGUGCAGUUUAUCACUGCUCUUUCUAGACUGUAAUGUUUCUCUGCUCUGGACAUGGCUUUGUACUCUGGUUGGCGUUUGUGCAUCGGUCGGCGCGUUUUCUUGGUGUCCUGUCACUUUAGGGAUGCUGGAGGCGUUAAAAGCAGCAUCACGUAGGUAUAUGCAUGCAUCAUCCCAAGCUUUUUCUCUGCGUCAAACGCUGGACGAUC